ACAGGUGGCAGGGCAUGCGGAGGUCGUGUUUACUGCUCUCAUGGCUUUUCUGGGUUUGUGGACGCGGCGGCAGCUGCCCUGGGCGGCCUCCCGGUUUGUCCGGGUGGUGAGGCGAGUGCGUCCCCCCGCCGUGGGCCUGCACGGAGCCGGGCGUCUGCGGGCGGCAGAGAAGGGGCCGUGGGGGAAGAUCCGGGCGGCGGAGCAGCAACAGUACCAGCUGGCGGACCUCGACAAGGCGGAUGCUCUGAUGCUGAGAAAGUCUCAUGAAACAGGUUUCCUCUCGUGGUUCAGAAACGGUCUGCUGGCCACUGGCAUCGGAGUCAUCGCCUACGUUCAGAGCGAAGUUGGGCGAGAAGCAGGAUAUGCCUUCUUCAUGCUCGGCGGCAUCUGCGUGUCUUUCGGCGCCGCCUCCUACGUCGGCAGCCUCUUCGUCCUGCGGAGGAUGAUGCUGCUGUCGGUGCCCGCGCUGCUGCUGCAGGGCGCCGUGGUGGGCAGCGCCGCCCUCUUCUGGCUGUGCGCGGUCUCGCUCUACAUCGGAAGGCUGGAGGUGGAGAUCAUCCACGAGGACGGGAUGGAGGAGGACGACUGCGAGGAGUGCCAGGAGAGGCGGGAUCACUCGGGGUACUCCCGCCGCCGCCGGCACCAGGACGAGGAGGAGGACGACCAGGGGAAGGCCUCCAAAAAGUAGAGGAAACUCAAAGUAUAUCUGAGUAUUUAUACUUGAAGAGUAUUUGUUGUUAAGUUAUCCAAAACCGAUGAUCAAAGAUUUUUCAAAUCAGGUGAGGAUUUGAUUUCUUUUUCGAGCAUCUUUUAUUUUCAGAGUUUUGUAUAUUUUUAUAUCAACACCAAUCCCCAACUGCUGUCGACCUCGCCGGUUCACUAAGUUUUAUGCUGGUUCCGUUCAUGGUCCCCAUUGGUUGUGGUGUCAGUGAAACCAAGAGGGCUUCCAGACGGAACCCCACGUCCCUGCCAUCCUGGACUGGCUCAACACGCCUCUGUCUCCUCUUCAUGUACAGACGCAUUUGUCACAUGAGACUGUUUUAAAGAGCAAUACCAGGGUACGAGGGGCGUGAAGAAAAAAAGUCUGUACUUUUGUUUACAUGUACGUGUGCGUGUGUGUGUGCCACUCUGAGGAGAAUUAAAGCGAGAAACUUUGCUGUUGGGAACUUUUUUUUUUAUCCACGGGAGAGUCGGACGGCAGAACAUGAGCCCUCUGCUGUCGCAGCGAUGUAUCAUGAAACAUUCAUUUCUGCUGUUCGCGGUGAUUAACAUGACGUGCUGCGUGCAGGUACAGACCCAUGUGACUCAGUGAGGACACACGUCGGCCUUGAGCUGCUCCCAGACGGGAUGGCUACCUGCCUGUCACCACUGCGUGUGGUGCACCAGCCACUGACAUGUCGGAGGAAGUGGAGUACUAUGACAACAACUCAU